GUCCUCGCGAGAUAGAGCGGCCGGAAGUGCUUUUCACGGGCUGUAUUCUUGCAGAGCUAAGACAGCUCGAGCAAUUUUUGUUUGGGGGGCUGGUUGUUUUGUGGCGCCCUGUAGGAGUGAGGGGCUCCAGGGUUCUGGUCAGGCCCGAUGGCGUCUAGGGCAGGCCCGCGAGCGGCCGGCACCGACGGCAGCGACUUUCAACACCGGGAACGUGUCGCCAUGCACUACCAGAUGAGUGUGACCCUCAAGUAUGAAAUCAAGAAGUUGAUCUACGUGCAUCUGGUCAUAUGGCUGCUGCUGGUUGCCAAGAUGAUCGUGGGACACCUGAGGCUCUUGUCACAUGAUCAGGUGGCCAUGCCUUACCAGUGGGAGUACCCAUAUCUUCUGAGCAUUGUGCCAUCUCUCUUGGGCCUUCUCUCCUUCCCCCGCAACAACAUUAGCUACCUGGUGCUCUCCAUGAUCAGCAUGGGGCUCUUUUCCAUCGCUCCUCUCAUUUAUGGCAGCAUGGAGAUGUUCCCUGCUGCACAGCAACUCUACCGCCAUGGCAAGGCCUACCGCUUCUUCUUUGGUUUCUCUGCUGUCUCUGUCAUGUACCUGGUGUUGGUACUGGCAGUCCAAGUACAUGCCUGGCAAUUGUACUAUAGCAAGAAACUGCUAGACUCUUGGUUCACCAGCACACAGGAGAAGAAACACAAAUGAACUGCUCUGAGGGGUGAAGCCUGGGCCUCCAUGAGCAGCCUGAGAAGGGUAGACGGUCUCUUAAAAUCUUGUGUUUGGGUAGCUGCUAUGUAAAUUCUGUUGUCAUCUAUUGAAGUGGCAAAAUCAAAUGGAUGCCCAGUGGGCUGGAUCUGAUAGACCAGCUGUGAAACAGACUUCAGCUAGGUGAAGUUGAAGCUCUUCAGAAUUAUUCCUUAAGUGGGGUCCUCACCUUUGCCUGCCGUUGGCCCUUUGCCCCACUUCACCACCCUUAGCCACCAGGACUACAAAUUGUACUUCCAUUUGUAGGUCAUGGGAUGAGAAACACCUGGGAAGCUGCUCCCCUUGCAGGAUGUGCUUUCUAUUGCAGAACAUUUUAAUUAAAAAUAAUAAAGUGAAAACUACCCUGUC